AUGAACAUUAGCGAUGAGCCUCACCCUAUGGAGUUCAAGCAAAUUGGAAAACGCAAAAGCCGUUCAAACAGCCAAGAACAAGCUCUACAACGGACACUUCCUGAGCGUCGUGGAACCGGGUUCGAAGAAGCAAGUGCACCGGAUGAAUUUGAAACGCACCAAGCGAAGCGACGGUCAAGCGCUCGAGACAAUCUGGACGAAGAGCAAAAGGGCAGUGACGAAGAUAACGAGGAUGCUACACCUCAAGUCUUUUGGCGAGCGAGUGUCAACGCAGUCGAAGGUACUGACUUGUCUGAGCCGACAACGUUUAAAGAUGCUGUUGAUGGACCGGAUCAAGUGCAUUGGCGUAAAGCUAUCUGUGCUGAGUUGGACUCGAUGAAACUUCGUGGCGUGCUUCGAGCGCCCAAACAGCCAGCUGGACAGCAUACCAUUGGCACCAAGUGGGUAUUCAAUAUCAAGCGGAAAGCUGAUGGAUCCAUCGAGAAAUACAAGGCGCGUCUCGUGGCAAAAGGGUUCAAGCAGAAAUAUGGCAUCGACUACACGGAGACGUUUUUGCCGGUAGUCAAGUACGUGACGCUGCGCAUGGUAGUUGCAAUCACGAAGUACUUUGACUGGACACUGGACCUACUGGACGUGGUGACAGCUUUGCUAUGCGGAGAGAUGAAGGAAAAGGUAUUCUGCGCGAUCCCAGAAGGGGUCGAAGUUGAUGAAGACUUUGACUGCUUCGAAUUGUUGAAGGCGAUCUACGGACUAAAACAAGCAUCGCGCAUUACAAGUGGCGAGUGCGUGCUUUUGCUGGUAUACGUCGAUGAUGUGUUGGUGACUGGCAGCUCGACCGAACUGAUUAUGCGCACCAAGAGUGGCUUGAAGGCGCGUUUCGAAAUGACUGACAGCGGCAAGUGCGCAUUCGUGUUGGGCAUCGAGCUGGUGUACAACGACAACGGUAGCGUGACGAUGUGCCAGCGACGCUACGUGGAAGAUGUUCUCAAGCGUUUUGGCAUGAGCGACUGCAAAGCCGUCACCAGCCCAACAGACAUCAGUUCUUGA